AUGGCCGGGCUCAUUAAGAAGCAGAUCCUGAAGCACCUGUCCCGAUUCACUAAGAAUCUUUCCCCGGACAAAAUCAAUUUGAGCACCCUGAAAGGGGAGGGUCAGCUGACCAACCUGGAGCUGGAUGAAGAGGUUCUACAGAAUGUGCUGGAGCUCCCCACCUGGCUAGCCAUCACUCGGGUCUACUGCAACAGGGCGUCGAUCCGGAUCCAGUGGACAAAGUUGAAGACACACCCAAUUUGCUUGUGUCUGGAUAAGGUAGAGGUGGAGAUGAAGACCUGUGAGGAGCCUCGGCCGCCCAAUGGACAGUCUCCCAUUGCCCUCGCUUCAGGACAGAGUGAGUAUGGCUUUGCUGAGAAGGUGGUGGAGGGGAUGUUCAUCAUCGUCAACUCCAUCACCAUCAAGAUUCACUCCAAGGCCUUCCACGCUUCUUUUGAAUUGUGGCAGCUCCAGGGCUACAGUGUCAACCCCAACUGGCAGCAGAGUGACCUGCGCCUCACCCGAAUCACUGACCCACACCGAGGAGAGGUUUUAACAUUUAAGGAAAUAACUUGGCAAACACUUCGAAUUGAGGCAGAUGCUACAGACAAUGGUGAUCAGGACCCAGUCACCACUCCAUUGAGGCUUAUUACCAACCAAGGCAGGAUCCAGAUAGCCCUCAAGAGAAGAACCAAAGAUUGCAAUGUGAUAGCUUCCAAGCUGAUGUUCCUGUUGGAUGACCUGCUCUGGGUGCUAACGGACUCGCAGCUCAAGGCUAUGAUGAAAUAUGCAGAGUCGCUGAGUGAGGCCAUGGAGAAGGCCGCCCAACAGAGAAAGAGCCUGGCCCCUGAACCUGUACAGAUCACCCCACCUGCUCCCAGCGCGCAGCAGUCCUGGGCCCAGGCGUUUGGUAGCAGCCAGGGCAGCAGCAGCAGCAGCCGCCUCAGCCAGUACUUUGAGAAAUUUGAUGUGAAAGAGUCCUCCUACCAUUUGCUCAUCUCGCGCCUGGACCUGCACGUUUGUGAUGAUAGCCAGUCCCGAGAGCCAGGUGUCUCUGCAAACAGACUCAUGGGUGGUGCGAUGCAGCUAACCUUUCGAAAGAUGGCAUUUGACUAUUACCCCUUCCACUGGGCAGGUGAUAGCUGUAAACAUUGGGUGCGUCACUGUGAGGCCAUGGAGACCCGAGGCCAGUGGGCCCAGAAGCUGGUGACAGAAUUUCAGAGUAAGAUGGAGAAGUGGCAUGAGGAGACAGAUCUAAAACCACCCUGGCACCUGGGGGUAGACUCUUCCUUCCGGAGGAAAGCAGAUUCUUUCUCCAGUCCUCGAAAGAAUCCCCUUGAAAGAAGCCCUUCCCAGGGCCGGCAGACAGUCUUUCGGCCUCCAGCAUGGAAUCGCCUGCGCUCUAGCUGCUUGGUCAUAAGGGUGGAUGACUUGGACAUCCACCAGGUUUCAACAGCUGGACAGCCCAGCAAGAAGCCAUCGACACUCCUGUCCUGCAGUCGGAAGCUUCACAACCUCCCUACUCAGGUCUCUGCCAUUCAUAUUGAGUUCACAGAGUAUUACUUCCCUGAUAAUCAGGAGCUGCCAGUUCCCUGUCCCAAUCUUUACAUUCAGCUAAAUGGUCUGACAUUUACUGUGGAUCCUGUCAGCUUACUCUGGGGAAACCUCUUCUGCCUGGAUUUGUACCGCAGCUUGGAGCAGUUCAAAGCUAUCUACAAGCUGGAAGAUUCCCGCCAGAAAGAUGAACAUCUGGACAUCCGCCUGGAUGCCUUCUGGUUGAAGGUGAGCUUCCCGCUGGAGAGGAGAGAGCGGGCUGUGUUGCAUCGUCCCCAGUCCCUUGUCCUGUGUGCAUCAGGCAUGACUGCCACCAAUACCCGUCAUGCUCCACACUGUAGCCGUCCAGACCUCCAGAGUCUCUUCCGGGGUUUUGCUGCUACUGAGUUCUUUCAUUCCAGUUAUGUUCAGUUUCCCAAGGUACCAGGUGGCUUCAGCCUUCUGCACAUGUUUUUUAUGGAUCACGCCUUCCAGAUGGAUUCCUGCCUCCCACAGUCUAGUGUCCACCCCCCUCAGAGGCUUAAGGCUUCCCAGGACCUCUGGUCCAUCCACUUCACCCAGAUCUCCUUGGACUUUGAGGGAACAGAGAACUUCAAAGGCCGCACCCUGAACUUUGUGGCCGCCUUCCCCUUGUCCAUUUGGGCCUGCCUACCCCUCCGCUGGCAACAAAUGCAGGCACGAAAGCUCCGUAUGGCCACAGAAGGGAGGCUGAAACCGUCCGCCAGCUUUGGCAGUCCUGUCCAUUCUGAGGUCCUUGCGCCUGACACUGUGUCCCAUCAGAGGUCAAAGACUGAGCAUGAUUUGAAAAGCCUGUCAGGCCUUCCGGAAGUCAUGGAGAUCCUGAAAGAAGGCAGCGGCGGUGUGGACAGCAAAGGGCCUCUGAUGGAGCUGGAGGACACGGCGGGCGUGCACGUGCUUGUGCACUCCCCUGCGCAUGUCCGCCUGCGGCUCGACCACUACCAGUACCUGGCUCUCCUUCGCCUGAAGGAGGUGCUGCAGGGUCUGCAGGAGCAGCUGACUAAGGAUACAGAGGCCAUGACUGGGGCUCCCCUGCAGAACCAGACAGCCUGCAUUGGCAUCCUCUUCCCCAGCGCGGAGGUGGCUCUGCUCAUGCAUCCUCCCCCUGGGGCUGAUGAGGCUGACUCUGAGGGUUCAGAUACUACCAGCCUCAUAGAUUCAGAGCUGUCUGCUUCAGAGGACCGGGAGCUGAAGUCUGACGCCUCCUCAGAACAGGGCCCAGCAAGCCCCAAGAAGGUUCUGGAAGACGGUGGCAUUGAACAUCUGGAUGCAUCCCAGGACAGACCACUGCCUCUCCACAGCAAUGGAGAAGUACAGGAUGCAGGGUCUCUUGCCCAGCAGGAGGCAGGGAAGGGCCACGAGGCAGUUGAUUCCUUACAAGCCAAGAGACUGAGCAGAGCCCAAGCAUCUGACUCACCAGCUGAGUUGAAGCCCUCAGGGAGCAGGGAUUCUGCUGUGAAUGGUCAGGGCGAGCUCAUCCCCUUGAAGAAUAUAGAGGGAGAAUUAUCUAGUGCUAUUCACAUGACCAAGGAUGCCACCAAGGAGGCACUGCAUGCCACCAUGGACCUCACCAAGGAAGCUAUGUCCCUGACCAAGGAUGCCUUCAGUCUGGGCAGAGACCGAAUGACCACCACCAUGCACAAGAUGCUGUCUCUGCCGCCGGCCAAGGAGCCUGUGGCCAAGGUAGAUGAAGGGGUGGCAGCCCCUGUAAGUGGAGGUGCUGCCCGACUCCGAUUUUUCUCCAUGAAGAGGACAGUAUCCCAGCAGUCAUUUGAUGGCGUCUCGUUGGAUAACAGCGGCCCUGAAGACCGGAUUUCGGUGGACAGUGAUGGCAGUGAGAGCUUUGUGAUGCUCUUGGAGUCUGAGUCUGGUCCAGAAUCUCUUCCACCGGGACCUCUUCCCAAUGCUGUGGACAGCGCUGGUGUUCAGGGGAGCCCUGCUGUGGACAGUUACGGCCAGGGGUCACCGGAGGCCACCAGUUCAGUCUCCCCCAGUGGGGAAGCCCUCAGUCUCCACCAGGUCUCAGUUCUGGUCCUGAAGGUGAAUGAGGUGUCUCUGGGGAUUGAGGUACGUGGUGAGGACCUGACUGUGGCCCUGCAAGCAGAGAAGCUGACUCUCCAGCAGCCGGGCACUAUGGGACUCUGGCAGUUCCUGCAUGGACAGUGCCCAGGCACAAACUUUCAGGACUCCUCCACUUUGAAGACUGGCCACAUCAGGCCAGCUGUGGGCCUUCGCUUUGAGGUGGGGCCUGGUGCAGCUGUUCAUUCCCCUCUGGCCACACAGAAUGGCUUCCUGCAUUUGUUGCUUCAGGGCUGUGACCUUGAGCUGCUCACUUCGGUGCUCAGUGGUCUGGGGCCCUUCUUGGAGGAUGAGGAGAUCCCAGUGGUGGUUCCCAUGCAGAUUGAGCUCCUGAACUCCAGGGUCACCCUAAAGGAUGAUAUCCCCCCCAUCUACCCAACCUCGCCAGGCCCCAUCCCCAUCACUCUGUCUGUGGAGCACACCGUGCUGAGUCGGAGUGACGAUGGUGUCUUCCACAUAGGCGCUGCUGCUCAAGACAGACCAUCAGCCAAAGCAUCUAAGAGUGAGAAGCAGCAGCCCCCCAAAGAACAGGUGUUUUUGGUGCCCAGUGGGGAGGCUUUUGGUCCACAGGUGAAUGAACUACCUACCCUACAAAAGGAACUUAUAGAAACUAAACAAGCAUUGGCUCAAGCCAACCAGGAUAAAGAAAAACUUCUCGAAGAGAUUAGGAAAUAUAACCCCCUCUUCGAGCUCUGA